ACGCAAGAUCUUUAUUUCUUUGACCAUGCACUUGACAUAAAUCAGCUGUUCACGGUUUCAUCCAAUCGGGUGCUUGAACCCCCACAGUUCCUGUAGCGACAUUCUAAUUGAAUUAAACUGCAACAGAACAGUUGAUUUAUGUCAAGUGCACGACUACAUAAAUCGUACUAUAAGGGCUCAAGAAAACAGCAGAACAGAGAUGAAUCGAAUGCCCACACGAAAUUCGGUCAGACAUCUCGCGAUAUUAUACCAAUAUUAUACUAUCUGGCACGGUUUAAUAUAUAUUUCUUAUACCGUGUAUAUGGAUAUUAUUAAUUAUUACCUUUGUCAAUGCGAUUGUGUCCCGACCUGGUGUAAGACUCUUACACCACGUAAGUCCUUAGAUUACCUGGUGUAAUUUUCUUACGUCAUGUAAGGUACUCAACUCGUGUUACUGUGUAAGAAAAACACGACCUGGUGUCAAAUAAAAAAAAUUGGUGUUGAAGAAAUUUUAAAAAAUGUAAGAAAAACACCGUGACCACGGCGUAAGAUAAUAUUUUUUACGCCGUGCACAUAAUACAACCGCAAACUUAUAAUACUCUCUGUGUGCUAGUGACAUCGGUAAAUCUGAAGUGUCAAGUUGCAUCAGUGCUUAUAAUUGUAUGCGUCUUAGAUAUUGUCAUGACACUAACACCGGAAGGGCUACAGAUCGGUCUUGUCAGUUCCAGUCAGUUCUUAUAACUCCUCUAUUGACUUGCAUCAAGGCAUAGACAAGUUAGAAUUAUCAUAAAUUAUUGUUUUUCUCUCGAUUAUGCGGAGAGUUAGUAAUGUGGAAAUAUGAAUUUUACAAAUAUGAUCACCUGUUAAAGCGGUCAAUGUAAGUGAUAGACGACUUUGCCCAUCUUUUUCUAUUAUAUGCCCAAUCAUGGCAUCUGACGAGAAGUUAUUUUUUCGAAAAACUGUUCAGCAUUUGGCUCGAUCCUUAGCUGCAAUAAAGGAAACACCAUGGCAAAAGGUGAAUACGCUGUUUGCCUUAUGUCCACAAGAAACAACACAGGGUGUUUUUCGUUUGGAUCAAAGAGGACAAGAUGCUGUUAUUGCUUUGGGAAUUUACUUGUUAGAAUCAAAAUUACAACACAGUGACAAAAUAGUCCCAUAUCUCUUGAAAUUAUUGAAAGGUUUAGCAAAAGCUGUGUGGUUGGAUGAAGUACGAAGUUUGUCAUCAGAACGAAUUCCUGUAGCAGAAAGAUUCAGUUUUUGUUUGAACACUUUGCUAUCUGAUAUUGCAACGCAAUCAGAACAGCUUCGAGAAGAAGUAAUAUCUGCUCAGGUGGAUUUCCUUGGAGUAUUAACAAAUCUUUGCCGCCAAUACAAAGAGCAAAAUACACCCAGAGGUUCGACAGCAAAGUUAACUUUGUGCAAGUCUACAGUUCCCAUUUUAAUUGGUUUAGCACGUUCAAUGGGUCGAUACUGUACAUCUGAUCCCCCAUUAUUGUGUCGACUGUUCCCACGCACUGAACCUCCUGUACCUAAUCUUAACUCCUCAGAAUGUUCACUUCUAAAGAAAAGAAGUUUUUCAAAUUUCAGAUCUAUUAUUCCUCGUUCUUUGUCUGGUAACCUUCCCUCCUCUGAUGUUGUUUCCUUGGGAAGUCUAGAUUCAGCCGAUGUGCAUAUUGGGACAACCAAAAGGCCUUCCUUGCAAACAUACCCUUCUGUUCCCUAUGACCCAACAACAUACUUCUUCAGCAAAUAUGGAUCAAGUUUUAAUCAGUUUCCACACAUGCGGCUGAAUGAUUCAAUUGAAAAGAAAACAAUGUUGUUUUCUAUUGUUCAUUUACAGAGUGUUCUUGCUUUAGCAAAGAAACUGUUAACUAAAGAUAUGCUGAGUUUUUUGGAUGAUCAAGCUGCAGAAGUGUCUGCAUCAAAAAUGAUAAAAAUAUUUCCUUACAAAACAUUUAGUGAGACAAUGAACUUGGUAAUGGUUACAUUAUUGCGCGAACUGCUUCAGUAUCAGAAAGAUUUACCAAGUCCAUUUACAAAAGAUGUCCAAGAGUUUGUGAAGGGCUUGUUUCUAUCAGGACAAACAGAACUUCAGAGUCGUCAUCAUGAUGCAAGUGAAAGAGAAGACAGAGAGAAUAAAUUCACUACUGUCAAUAAAUUUAAAGUCAAUGUAAUGGCUAAUUCUGCUUGUGUUGAUCUUCUGGUGUGGGCCAUAGGAGACGAAACAGGAGCUGAUAGUUUAUGUGGACGUCUCACUGAGAAAAUAAAUUGUAACCAAGGCCACAAGCUUGUUCUCGCUCAUAUGCCUCUUCUAAUGGUGUGUCUGGAGGGGCUAGGCAAACUGGCUGAAAAGUUCCCAAAUAUUGCAAGCACUUCUAUAUAUUGCUUACGUGAUUUCUUAGUCACACCUAGUCCUAUUCUUUUUAAAUUGCACCGCCAGCAUAGUGAAAACAAAGAAUCAAAGUUAAAAAUAACAGUGCAAGGAAAAGAUGUCCAUGGGGAUACCCAUACAACUUCCACUGCUCAAACAGCCUUUGAAAAAUUACGAGAUGCUGCUAUUGAGAAUCUUUGUAUUGCAUUGAAGGCAGCCUACAGUGUAGAUCCAUAUUGUGUUCGUGCUCUGGUUGCUGCAGUCUCUAAUAGACUUUUUACUGCUGAGAAAUCUGAUAGUGAAUCUUCGUUAAUAUCAACAAACAUUGUAAUAAUGCUGGGCCAUGUUGCUGUUGCUCUUAAGGAUACCCCUAAAACAACAGAAACUAUUCUGCAGUUUUUUCAACAACGUUUUUGCCGCGCUCCAUCAACUCUUGACAUUCUAAUUGUAGAUCAGCUAGGGUGCAUGAUUAUUUCAAAGUGUGAGAAUCAAGUGUAUGAAGAAAUAAUGAGGAUGUUUACCAUGAUAACAGUAGAAGCUAGUAAUGCAGCGUACUCACAAUCUGCAACUGAUGAUCGAAAAAACCAAUACAGGCAUGUUUCUGGAGCUGUAGUAAAUGCAUUAGCAAAUAUUGCAGCCAAUUUGCAAGGAGAGGCUGGAAUGCACGAACUUCUGGUUAGACUUUUAGAAUUGUUUGUACAAUUAGGGUUAGAAGGCAAACGAGCUUCAGAGAAGGCUCCUGCAGCCCUCAAGGCAUCAAGCAGUGCUGGAAAUCUAGGAGUUUUAAUUCCAGUAAUAGCAGUUCUUAUGCGACGACUUCCACCUAUUCGUCACCCUAAGCCCAGACUACAUAAGCUAUUCAGAGACUUCUGGUUAUAUUCUGUUGUCAUGGGAUUCACUGCUGCUGAUUCAGGACUGUGGCCUAAUGAAUGGUAUGAUGGUGUGAAAACAAUUGCAGUUAAAUCUCCUUAUCUUGUGUCUCAAACAUCUUCAAGAUCAGAAAUGCGAGAGCUUCAGUACACAUCUGCAGUUCGAAAUGAUAGUGUUUCAUUGGCAGAACUUCAGGACCUGAAAACACAAAUUUUAAAUCUCUUGGAACAUCCUGCUGAUGUUACUGCUUUUGUAAAGGCUCUUUCAUUUGCUCAAUGCACAUAUCUACUUUCAGUAUAUUGGUUAGAAAUUCUCAGAGUACAGAAUUCAAGCGAACCUAGUUUGCAACCUAUUUUGGAAUAUCUGAGUGAUUCUGCAUUGCAAAAGGACAAGUCAGGAAUGUGGGCUUGCGUGUGCAGUGUGGGAGACACAGUAUUUGCAAAAUUUAUAGAAGUAAUGUCCAAUAAACCAAAAGAUGAAAAUCGUGAACGCGAAUUGGAGGAUCAUGCGCAAUACCUUCUUAUUAAUUUCAACAAUACCCAUAAACAAAUUCGCAGAGUUGCUGAUAAAUAUUUAUCUGGCCUUGUUGACAGAUUUCCUCAUCUGCUAUGGAACUGUCGCGUGUUGUGGAGUAUGUUAGAUAUUCUACAAGUUUUAUCAUACUCUUUGGAGUUGGAUCCUAAUGAAGAGACUCCUACUCUUAAAGUGCCAAGCACUCCGUACAGUGUUCAACUAAUGGAUACAUUGGAGGCCCGUGAAACAAUAGUGAAAGACUUUGCAGCACGUUGUCAAGGUAUUGUGCAAGAAGCUAUGAAAUGGGCUCCACAUGCCACCCGAUCUCAUCUCCAGGACUACUUGAAUCAGAUUCCUAGCUCUGGUAUGUGGCACCAUUCUGGUUUAGCUCUGGCGACAGAAAGUGUUUUACAGUAUACUGGGCUAAACCUACAAUCUGCUCCUCUGAGUGCCAGCAUGUUGGACAAAAGACCAAAUUGUGUGAAAAGUGAUUCAUCAAGAUUUGUUUCAUCUCUAACUUUACGCAGUAGAUAUGCCGGAGAAGUAUCAGGCAUGUUGAUUGAACUAGAAGGUAAAGGUGAAGUAGAAAGAAAUUUGUUGAUUACUCGACUUAUUCAAGCUGUAUGGCAUGCUUGCAAGCAACAAGACAACACUGCGCACCGUGGUGCAUUAUGGAGGGCUACUGCUAUGCUGAUAUCCACCCCAGGUGCCUACCGACAACUUCUGCAUGUGGUAGCAUGGUCACAAGUUGAACUGUUCUCUGAAAUUGCCAUGACAACGGCUGUGGAAUGUUGGCAAUGGCUAGUCACUGCUCGUCCAGAUCUGGAAUUACGCUUUCUGCAAGAAAUGUUAGCUGCAUGGCAGUGCACCAUUGACAAAAAAUUGGGAUUAUUCUCAGAAGAAAGAGAUGAAGUUAGUCCAUUAGCUGCUUACGAAGGCUGCAGGCUAGAACCUGAUCCUCCUUUUGUCAAACCUCAUGACAUAUGGGUUCAGUUCUUAUCUGAGUUAGUAGAGACGGCAAAAUACUGCAGUCAAGAGAAAGUAGAGAUGUUAGCAAUGCUUCUACAUCGCUCUUUACCCAUGGCUGUAGGCACUCUUGACAGUCACCAGAAUCGUCAUGUGGCUGCAAUUGGUGUUCGAUUCAGGUUAUUAGCAUGCGGCUUGUCAUUACUGCAAGGUGAUGUUUUACCUCGCUCCCUAAGUAAAAAUGUUCUUCGAGAGCGUAUUUAUUGCAAUUGCCUGGAUUAUUUUUGUUGUCUUCCUCGUUGCCCUACCCAGCGUGGAGCUGAACUUCGGGAUGACAUAUUAGUCUUGGUACGAUUCUGGCAGACAAUGCAUUCUGAUAAAAAAUACUUGAAGGCUAGUGUUGUUGGAGAUUUUGACAUGUACGGACCAGCAUCGUCAUUUUCUUCAAUGCAGUCAGAUUUGCGUUCAACUUCUGGAGAUUUUGCUAGGCCAGCCACUGUGGGUUGGAUUAAUACAGUUCCUUUGUCUUCGAGUACUAACACUCUGUCAAAGAGAUCUACUCGAAGUAAGAGAAUUGCCAAUGCCGAUGUAUUUGUUAAAGAUUACAUUAAGAAAAGGAACCUUAUUUUGGAAUUGCUGGCUGUGGAAAUUGAAUUUUUAUUAAUAUGGCACAACCCCAUGGGUAGACCUGAGUUACAAGUGCCAGGUGAGGAUAACAUAGCUGCUUGGAGAUCAAAAACCAUUACAGAGCGAAUGUGGCGGGACAAUACACGUCUUGCCUGGGAGAUAAGUCCAACUUUGGCAGUUUUCUUACCAGUAAGAUUGAAAAAUUCUGAAGUAAUUAUCAGAGAAGUAUCCCGCCAGAUUCGACUAAAUCCCAUUGCUGUUUCACAUAUUGCUCAUGCUUUGUCAUAUCUGGUUACUACUGACACACUUCUGAAUGAUGCGACUGAACUCGUCCAUAUGUUGACAUGGGCAAGAGUAUCUCCUAUUCAAGCCCUAGCAUUUUUCUCAAGACAGUUUCCUCCACAUCCUAUAACUGCACAAUAUGCUGUUAGAGUUUUGAGCAGUUACCCUGCAGAUGCUGUACUUUUCUACAUUCCUCAGUUGGUACAGGCCCUACGACAUGAUACGAUGGGUUAUGUAAUGGAGUUUAUAAAAUAUAUUGCCAAGCGAUCACAAGUGGUAGGUCAUCAACUUAUAUGGAACAUGAAGACAAAUAUGUACUUAGAUGAAGAUAUGCAGCAGAAAGAUCCUGUUUUGUAUGAUCUUCUGGAAGGUUUGACAAAGAGUAUUGUAUCUUCUUUGUCAGGACCAGCCAAACAAUUUUAUGAACGUGAAUUUGACUUUUUUGAAAAAAUUACUAAUAUUUCAGGGGAAAUUAGACCUUUUCCUAAAGGUCCUGAGCGGAAGCGUGCUUGCCUUGAAGCAUUAAGUCGUAUACAAGUUCAGCCUGGUUGUUAUUUACCAUCGAACCCUGAAGCUAUGGUUUUGGACAUUGAUUACAAAAGUGGCACCCCAAUGCAGAGUGCUGCAAAAGCUCCAUAUUUAGCCCGAUUCAGAGUUCGCCGAUGUGGCAUAAAUGAGUUGGAAAAUUUAGCAAUGGCCGUUUCACAACAAGGCAAUAUCUCUAACAUGCUAAUGAAUAUGGCAAGUCAGACACCUAAUAAAGAAGGUGAUGGUUUAUCCACUGAACUCUGGCAAGCUGCUAUAUUUAAAGUUGGUGACGAUGUAAGGCAAGACAUGUUGGCAUUGCAAGUGAUUGGAAUUUUCAAAAAUAUUUUCAUGCAAGUAGGAAUUGACCUGUAUUUGUUUCCAUAUCGUGUUGUUGCAACUGCUCCAGGAUGUGGUGUCAUUGAAUGUGUUCCAAAUGCAAAGUCUCGAGAUCAAUUGGGGCGACAAACUGAUAUUGGAAUGUAUGAAUAUUUUAUUAAGAAAUAUGGAGAUGAAACAACCAAAGAAUUUCAGAAUGCAAGACGUAAUUUUGUCAAGUCAAUGGCAGCUUACAGUGUCAUAGGCUUUUUACUACAGAUAAAAGACCGCCAUAAUGGCAAUAUAAUGCUUGAUGUUGAUGGACAUAUAAUUCAUAUAGAUUUUGGAUUUAUGUUUGAAAGUUCUCCUGGUGGUAAUUUGGGUUUUGAGCCUGAUAUAAAACUCACCGAUGAAAUGGUAAUGGUGAUGGGGGGGAAAAUGGAAGCACCUCCAUUCCGUUGGUUCAUGGAAUUGUGUGUUCAAGCCUAUUUAGCAGUGAGACCGUACCAAGAAGCUCUGAUUUCCCUUGUUUCUUUGAUGCUUGACACUGGACUUCCUUGUUUCCGAGGGCAAACAAUCAAGCUUUUGCGUUCCAGAUUUGCACCUCAAGCAUCUGAUAAAGAGGCUGCAGCAUAUAUGAUCAAUGUAUGUUAACUUGUUUUAGUGUGUAAAAUGAAUUUUGAUGUUUUGAAAACAAAAACAAUAAUUAAUCAAUUGAACUGUCUUUAAAAACAUUUAUAAUGAAAAGACAUUACAGUGAUACACAAGUGCGCCGUUUCGGUGUGUGUCGUAGCAACAUAUGUGAUCCUAAAAGACGUGAUGAUUUGGUUAUCAAUCGCAAUCGCAUUAAAGAUCUCGGUGAUUGGAUUGACCAUGCCACAACUGCUGGAAGGGUGUCUUUAUUGUUGCUAUGUGGCCCGCCAGGUUGUGGAAAGACUACUUGUGUUCGUGUUUUAGCUGAAGAAAAAAAUAUAGAACUUCUUGAUUGGACUACUCCUAUUGACUCAUAUGAGUGUUCAGAUAAUAAUGAAUAUCUCAAGUCAGUAAGUGUCGCUCAUAAGUUUAAAAGUUUUUUGCUUGGUGUAGGAAGGUAUGCACCAGUUGUUUCCAAUAAUAGUAUGUCAUUCAUAUCCAGAAGAAUAAUACUUGUUAAAGAUUUUCCUACAUGUUUUCUUUCGUCUCCUGACCAGUUCACAGAAAUUAUUGAUAUGUAUGUUGGUCAUGGACACACACCUGUAAUAUUCAUUUGCACUGAAUCUGUUAAAAAGAAAAGUAAAGAUAUUGCGUAUGAACUUUUUAGCGAGGAAUUCAAACAAAGACAUCGAAUUUUACAGAUGUCUUUUCUGCCUGUGCCAGUGACCAGUGUUGUGAAAGCCUUAAAACGUGUUGUGCAGAUUUUGCGUGUUUCAGUUAGUGAUGAAUUAAUGCGUGAUAUAGCAACUGAAUCUCGAGGAGAUGUUCGUAAAGCUAUAAAUGACUUGAAUAUUUUGUCAGUUAAUUCAUCCCAGCCAAAGAAAUCUACAUCUUCUGUAAAUAAAAAGUUAUCAAGGAACCAAGAUAAAACUAAAAAUAGUUCUUCAAAAGACACUGAUAGAGAAACAACUGGUUUAUUUCAUUCUGUGGGACGUGUUUUGUAUGCAAAACGUGAUGUACCCAAUGAUGUUGUCAAGAAAGGUAAUAACACAUUUAUUGAUCCUCGUGGCAAUUUAGUUCACAAACCUUUAGAAAUAGCCAAAGAAUUUUGUCAUUAUGCCAACCAGUUUGUAUCUUUGGCUCAUUCCAAUUAUUUGGAUAUCUUUUCCUCUAUUGAAUGUAUUGCCAAAGCUGCAGAAUAUCUUAGUGAUUCUGAUAUAAUCAUGUCUGAAUGGAGAGAGAAGGAACUUCUCUCUACAGUAGGUUUUAGCGUUGCAGUUUGUGGAUUCAUGGAGUCAAAUAUUGAUCCCAUUCGAAGAUGGAAACCUCUGAGAGGUUCUCAGUGGAAUGAUGAUUUGAGGAUAGCGGUUGAAAAUCGUAUUUCUGUAGAGAAUCUUCUUUCAGAUUAUUGUGUACCCAAAAAUGAUAUUAUUCUAGAAGUAGUGCCAACUAUGAAACUGAUGUGGUGUUCUAGAAAUAGAGACUCAAAACUUAUCAAAUGGUGUCCUAAGGGGUUUUUUCCACAUCGCCCAGAGGAAUUACUGACCGCAGUGAGAACAAUAAAAUCUGAUAUCUUAAUUUCCCCUCCUUGUCUUUUAGAAAAAAGUAGGAUUGACAGUGAUUCAGAAAUUCAUAUUUCUGAUGACAGUGAUUAAAGUACUAUCAUUCUCUACACAUGCAUAAUUGUAAAAUUUGGCUUAAAACAUAAAUUUGUAUACUAUACAAAUGUUGCGAGGUAGAUUUAUCUGUGAUUAUAAUAUGUGACAAAUGAAUUCACACAAAAAGUAUUUGAAUUGAAGGGAAAUCAAUAUUUUAGUUUCAUAAUUUGGAUGUACAUAUUUAUGAAACUUUUAUUUAUUUUGCUGUCAAUAAAAUGUGGUCAUGUAAUUUGGUGAUAAAUGUUUUAUGUUCAAAUAAACUGCAUGUGACGGCAAUACUUUUUCUUGUAUAUUGUUUGCUAAAUUUGUGGACACAAAUGCUUCAUUGAACUCUCCCCCAUUUAGAAUGAGUAUUUACUGAUCUUUCAUUAGUGUUUUCCAAAUGUAUUUUAUGUUGGAAUAGUUUAUCGCUAACUCUGGGAACAAUAAAACUGAUGUCAUUUUCCAGAAAAUUACAGUAAAUUUUUAAGUCUUAGGUUUUUGCUUUUAAUAUUGUAGUUGAACAUGCAACUUUCUUGUCAUUUAAUAAAAAACUAAAAUGAUAAGUUGUCAAUUAUAGUUUUGGAAUCUCGUGCAUCUGAAAAUUACAAAACAAACAUGCUUGGCCUUUUUUUAUUCAUGUCAAAAUAGGAUAGCUGAAAAAGUAAACUGGAACAGCUUUUCUCUUGUUAGAAACACCUGUUUUUGUGGACAAAUUAGGAUUUUUCUCUCCCACCCACUCCUCUGAUUUAGUAAGGUUUCUAGUAAUUAGGAGCAGUAAUAAUCAAUUAAGCAAGCCCAUUAAAAUAGUUGUAACCCAAUAUGUGAUGGUUAUUGUUUCAGAUUAUAAGCCCAAAUUUUGCAAUAAAACAACUUCCACAAUACCAAAGAUGUAAGAUUUUUUUUUUUUUUUUUUUUUUAGAUUUUACAGUAUUUAACGCUCAAAAAACAAACUUUUUUAGAUUCACUUAUAUUAUGUAUGCAUGCAGCCUACCUUCACUCUCAUCUUUAAAAUUCCAUCCAUCAUUAUUUAACUUGCCCUCAAUUGCGAAUAAAACUGCUACUAAUGUUAAUAAUGCAUGAAUCCAUGUCACUAUAAAAUUGUUGACAUGUUUUAACGAAUUUAUUGCUGCUCUUGAUACCCUUUUUCCCUACAUUUAAAUUUAUCAGAUAAGUAUAUCAAUAUAAGUCAAAACUAAGAGUGGUAUCAUUUAAUUAAGUUACAUUUUAAAUUAAAUUAAAACGUAAGUUAAUACAAUAUAAACAGUGAUUUUCUGUCUGAAACUAAAGGCUCAAUAAAUUUCUCAGAAAUGGUGAAGCUCCUAUUUGUCUUUGUGAAAUGUAAACUUGAUUGUGUUGAUUGAUCUUUUUUGUACCUUUAAACUGUAUGGAUUUGGAAAGAAAAGUCAAAGGAUGUAAUAUAUAUGCAAAUAAAACAUACCUGCUAAAUAACUAGG